CUGUAGCAUGUAUAUAAACUGUGAGCUCAUCAAAACUUUUUGCCAGUUCUCUCGUUAGACUAGGCAGGAGGAACAGGGGAUUAAGGAUGAAGAUCCUUUUUUUAGCCACCUUCACCAUUUUUUUGCUGUCUGCUUUUGAUCCAGCAGACUCUUCUGCUCAUUAUGACAAGAUUUUGUCCCAUAGUCGAAUCAGGGCACGUGAGCAGGGUCCAAAUGUCUGUGCCCUUCAGCAAGUUAUGGGCACCAAAAAGAAAUAUUUCAGCACCUGCAGAAACUGGUAUCAGGGAACUAUCUGUGGGAAGAAAGCAACUGUCUUGUAUGAAUGUUGCCCUGGCUACAUGAAGAUAGAUGGAAUGAGAGGUUGUCCGGCAGUUGCUCCUAUUGAUCAUGUUUAUGGUACCCUGGGCAUUGUGGGAGCAACCUCUACUCAACGGUAUUCUGACAUGUCAAAGCUGAGAGAAGAGAUUGAAGGACGGGGAUCUUUCACAUUCUUUUCACCAAGCAAUGAAGCUUGGGAGCUGUUGGAUCGAGAAAUUCAUAGUAAUUUAAUUGACAAUGUAAAUAUUGAACUGUACAAUGCCCUCCACAACCACAUGGUAAACAAGCGCAUGUUGACAAAGGACCUUAAGAAUGGCCUGACUCUUGUAUCCAUGUACAAUGAUCAGCAACUGCUUAUUAAUCAUUAUCCUAAUGGGGUUGUUACUGUUAACUGUGCCAGAAUCAUCCAUGGCAACCAGAUUGCUACAAACGGUGUCGUUCAUGUCAUUGACCGUGUCCUGACCCCUGUUGGAAAUACCAUUCAAGAGUUUCUUGAAGCUGAGGAUGAUGUCUCAUCUCUUAGAGCUGCUGCCAUUACAUCUGGUGUAUUGGACACACUUGGAAAGCCUGGUCAUUACACACUCUUUGCUCCUACUAAUGAAGCUUUUGAGAAACUUCCACGAGGAGUCUUGGAAAGGAUCAUGGGUGAUAAGGUGGCCUCUGAAGCUCUCAUGAAGUUCCAUAUUUUAAACACUCUUCAAUGCUCUGAAGCCAUUAUGGGUGGAGCAGUCUAUGAGACCUUGGAAGGGAGUACAAUUGAAGUAGGUUGUGAUGGUGAAAGCCUGACUGUAAAUGGAGUCGAGAUGACAAACCGCAAAGACAUUGUAACAAGCAACGGUGUUAUCCACCUCAUUGACCAUGUGCUGAUUCCUAACUCUGCCAAGCAAGUUAUUGAGCUUGCAGGUGACCAGCAGACCACCUUCACAGACCUUUUGGCACAGCUAGGAUUGACUUCUUCUCUAAGGCCAGAGGGACAAUACACUCUGCUGGCUCCUCUGAAUGGUGCUUUCUCUGAUGACACUUUGAGGAUGGACCUACGCCUUCUUAAACUGAUCAUGCAAAACCACAUUUUGAAAGUGAAAAUUGGCCUCAACGAACUCUAUAAUGGACAGAAGGUGGAGACCUUGGGAGGAAAACGACUCAGAAUCUUUGUAUACCGCACAGCUGUAUGUAUUGAAAAUUCAUGCAUGGUAAGAGGAAGCAAAGAGGGAAGGAAUGGUGUUAUUCACAUUUUCAGACAGAUCAUCAAACCAGCCGAAAAGUCACUGCGUGAAGUGUUGAAGAAUGAUAAACGCUUUAGCAUAUUCCUUAAUCUGGUGAAAGAUGCCGAUUUAGAUGAUGUUCUAUCACAACCUGGAGAAUGGACUUUGUUUGUCCCAACUAAUGAGGCCUUUAAAGGCUUGACGGAUGAGGAAAAGGAAAUACUGAGAAGCGACAAAAACGCUCUCAGGACUAUUCUUCUGUAUCACCUGACAAAAGGAAUUUAUAUUGGAAGUGGUUUUGAACCUGGUGUGACAAACAUUCUCAAAACUAUCCAAGGGAGCAAACUGUUCUUGAAAACAGUAAAUGACACACUUCUGGUGAAUGAAGUGAAAUCAAAAGAAUCUGAUCUCAUGGCAACUAAUGGUGUUAUUCAUGUUAUAGAUAAACUCUUGUAUCCAGUAGAUGUACCUGUUGGAAAUGAUCGGUUGCUCACCAUCCUUAAUAAGAUGAUUAAAUACAUUCAGAUUAAGUUUGUUCAUGGCAGCCACUUCCAAGAGAUCCCCCUGACAUUUUUCAGCACGACAGUGAUCGAAGGGGAACCAGAAUCAAAAUUGUUUAGAGAAGGCGAGACAAUAACUAAAGUGAUUCAUGGAGAGCCUAUUAUUGAAACAUACACCAAAAUAAUAGAUGGCCAUCCUGUCGAGGUGACUGAAAAAAAAGUGACAGAAGAGAGAAUUAUUCAAGGUCCUGAAAUUCAAUAUACCCAAAUUACUGCAGGUGGUAGAGGAGAUACAGAGGAAAAUUUGAAGAAAUUGCUUGAAGAAGAGGUUACCAAGGUGACCAAAUUCAUUGAAGGGGAUGGUCAUUUACUUGAAGAUGAAGAAAUCAAAAGACUCCUGCAGGGAGCUGGAACUGAGUACACCAAGGUUACUAAAGUAAUUGAGGGAGAGCCACAGAUUAUCGAGAGAGAAAUCAAGGAAGUCCAUCUGGAAGAUACAGCAGUGAGGAGACCAAAACCACCCAAAAAGGCACAAGGAACACCACGGAGAAGGACAAGGCUAGUUCAUCCUUAGAGAUUUCCAGUGAGAUAGAGUUCAUAGAACUAAAAAUGAAAAGACUGAUCUUUGAGAGGAAAAGAAGUUGUUUUAAAAUAAAAUCAAAAGGAAUGUGCCAUUUGCUAGUCGAGUAUAAACUGAACCAUGAGCCCACACAAAGGGUCUGAUUGUGUAAACAUUCACUACUGGGCUUAGUGCCCACUAGCGUGAGUAGUCUAUUAAAGUAAGUGAGACCUCUCUUGGUAGUAAGCAUUAUUUAAGUGAAAUGCUGGCUGCACGGAAGUCAAUAGCAAAACUCCCACUGACUUGAGUGGAGCCAAGAUUUCACCCUAUGCCUGGUAAUAAGUGUUUACAGGAUUGGGCUCAAACUGAGCAGGGAACAUUUCAGAAUGUAAAUUUUAUUAUUUCUUAUAAAUGAGAAAUAUACAUGAAAUUAGAUCAUUUCUAGAAAUAUAUAGUUUAGGUGACUUGAUGUUGGGUAAUCUAGGGAGAGCUCCAUAAACCUAGCACUUUUGGUUCAGUAACAUCAUGCAUUUUGAUGUCAACUUUUGUCAUGUUUUUAAUGUCAUUAUGACAUAACAACAUUACCUUUUUUAAAUUAACAAUUAUACCAUAUAUUAAAUGUAUCAUUUAGUUCUGCAUUACAUAUUGAAACAUUUCCUGGUAAUACGGCUAAAGGAUGUUCUAAAAAAAUAUCACAAAUGAGUUUACUAAAAUUUAUUUGGCGUACGAUAGUGCUGGCUACAUUUUCAUCUAUUAAUAAAAAUAAUUCCUAUUAUAGGACUCCUAUAGAAAACACAAAACUUAAGAUACUAAACGGAAAACAUUUUAAAUAAGAAUGAGCCCUUGAAUUGUUAAAUCAUAAGAGAUAAAUAAAAUGUUACCUCUGCAUGAAAACAAGGAUAACAAUAAUUGGGGCUUGAUAUGAAAGCUUUUAUAUCAAAACAUGCUUUGCUAAUGUCUGGUACUAAUGUGGAUUUGUUUGUAAAUUAUGUCAUUUUUAUAACUCUAGUUUUCUACUCAUAAAAUGUUUAAGUCAUUUGCCUUUUGCAAUAUUUUAAUGUCAAAUGUUGGAAUGCAACUAUUUGAGAGGAAAGAAAAAAUAUUUCUUCAAGGUGCCUUAAUUCUGCAGAACCAAGGUUGAAGAGGAGUCAUUAGAUGUGCUAUUAUUCUUCUGUUUUGAAACAAAUACUCAUUAAAAAAAAGUGGCUGAA